GGGCGCUCAGCCUCAGGAUGGGUGUCUGCGGGCCCCUCCAUGGGCCCCCCUCAGACUUUGUCAGUGGAGUUUUAUUUUUUUAGUUCAUAUUUUAUUUUUGUUUCUAGAAGACAAAGAUAUCCCCUUCCCAAACGGGGAAAAACUCAUAAAUGUUUGUGACUGUCUAAAAAGUAAGUCCAGGCUUGCCUGAUUUCACCCUGCCGGGACUUCCUUAUUCUGUUGGUGGGGAGCCCAGAAGACUUGCUUUCCCAUUCCUCCCCAGUCAGAAACGUGUCUGGAGUCUGUGUCUUUAGGACCUGCGAGUCGGGGAGAAAUUGCUGGAGCCCCUGACACCAGUGACUGCUGAGGUAGAAGAUUCUGGAAGAAAACACACAGACACACACACACACACACAUCUUCCCUAGGGGACACAGGGAAGCCUGAAGGAUUUCCAAGAUGACCAAGGUACCAGCCACCAAGAAGAUACAGAGUUCCCCUGCCUCGGGGGCCCUCUGGCCCUUUUAUGCCUCAGAUCUUCUAACGCAGGUCCCAGACAAACCAAUGAGGAGCAUCAAGUAUAUGGAGAAGGAUAUAAUAAACCUCAAGAAAGACCUUACACGAAGCCGCAUCUUGAUUCAGUGGGUGAAGACUGGCCGUGGAUACUUUACUAUUCUGAGGGAGGAGAGUGCAUUGAAAAAGAAGCAACAACAACUUCAGAAACUCAAAGAGGAAGAAAGAAAUAUAUUCCAACCAGCCAAAAAGAUGUCCGAUAUCCAGUGUGGGGAUAUUCUUUUGACCACAAACGGAGACAAGAAGAUGAAGAAGGUGGGGAUGGGAGUCCUCCUGCGUCCGUUCACCCCCGUGCACAGCUGCAUCAUUGCGCCCUCGCUGCCUGAGGCUCACGUCGAGCCCAUCUUCCGCCAGCUCUGUGCCCUCCACUGGCUCCUGGAGGCCCUGACUAUCGACCACACCCACCACACCAUGAAGCCCGUGAUCACCUGCUGGAAUCCGAAGGACCCAGGUGGAAGCAAGAGCACAAUAAAAAAAAUCAAUAAGGACAAGUCCAUGGGACAGAGGUGGGAGCGCUUCAUCACAGCCCCAAAGACCAAGAGAUUCAAGGUUCCUGUAGCACGCGUCACCAGCCGCAAACCAAGCCGGCGAGGCUCCACCCUCAGUCUGUCUCGGACAAGUGGAGGGUCAUCCCCCCAGAGCAGCAUGGUCUCCGUGAACCCGGGCUCAGAUGAGCCCCAGAGUGUGAUCACCCAGGCGACAGGCAGCAAGGACGUUGAGGACAGCGAAUCGUCUUCGGCCAAGCCUGAAGAAGAACCUCUCCAUGUCAAUCUGCAGAAGCUCCUGGAGAUGGUUCGGGAAGAUGCUCAGAGAACAGUCACAAUGGCAAAUGGGAUGCAAAAACAAGCGGCCAGUAUCUUCUCAAUGCGCAGACAAAACAAGAGUGAUUCUGCCUAUAAAGACAUGCAGACCACCCGCAAAUCAAGUGACAGAUCCAGCAGUACAAGUGGAGACAGCCACUCCCAGGUGCUCCAGAAGAAGUCUAAAAGCCGCACCAACCGUGACAUCAUCCACUGCAAGGGUGGGGUGUGUAACGCCAUGAGGGCCAAGUUUAACAGUGUGGCCCAGGAGGCUGGCCUCUGUCUGCAGGACAAGAUGGAAAUCCUCAUGAAGCGCCAAGAAGAAAGAGGUCUCCAGAAGUUCCGUUCUUUGGACCUUGUCUCAAAUUUCCAAAAGGAUGUAGCAAAAAUGAGACACCACAUCUCCAUGGUAAAAGGAGAUGCAGAUGAAAUUGCACACCACUGGUACUUUGACCUGCUGUCCAAACUCCCUGAGGAUCUGAAGAAUUUCCGCCCUGCCAAAAAGAUCCUGGCGAAACUGCAGAAGUUUGGGGAAAAUCUGGACCUGAGGAUCAGGCCGCAUGCUCUCUUGAAGGUGCUGCAGGACAUGAGGGUCUGGGAGCUGUGCUCUCCGGACAUCGCGGUGGCUGUCGAGUUUGUGCGAGAACACAUCAUCCAUAUGCCUCAAGAGGAUUAUAUCAGCUGGCUGCAGGACCGAAUCAACGUCCCCAUCCGGCCCCACAGUGCCCAGACGUAGUGGGCCUGGGUUGACCAGCGAUCCCAGUGGAGGAGGGCUGUCUACACUGUGUUCCUGUUUCCUGCCUACUCUCAUGGAUACUCGUUAUGACCUAGUAGGGUCAUCUGGAGACCAGAUGACCCUGCCAGCAUUCUAGAGGGAGCUCCUCCCAGGUGGGAACUCCCUCCUGCCUCGCACCCCAGCCUCAGUCUCCCAGCCUCCGUCCCUCACUGGCCUAGCCUGACUCUACCUGCUCCCUCUCCAGAAUCCUUCACUCUAUUUCUCCUUCUCAAAUUCUAGAUAAUAAAAUUAAGUUGAAUGUUUGAUGUUCAGCUGGGAAAAAGUUGGAGCUGUGGAAUUUGGGCGUGGUGUUCAGAUCCUGAUAAUAACAUACAGUUAUCAUUUAUGGAGUUUUUGUUAUACAACAGGCCCAGCGCUGGGUGAUAUUAUUGCCUAAUAAUAUCAUUUAAAUCUCACAAAUACUUGGUUAAGUAGGUACUGAUGUUAUCCCCAUUUCACACCAUUGGAGCUAGAGUGUAUUUCUCAGCUUUGUAUAUACUGUCCUGGAUAGAGGUGGGUGGGUGGGUGGAUGGGUGGAUGGAUGGGGCAUUUCCCAACAAGGCAAAUAGUGUGCCAGAAAAUCUCGUUCUUAAGAGUCCGUGUAAUAUCUUGUGCUGGUUUUGAUUGUACAAGGAGGCUUAGCUUCCUGUCAUCGCCGAAUGUGUGUAGGCUCAUUGCCAUUUAACCUCUUUUCUCAUCUUGAUCUUCUGCUCCCUACAUCCUCACUAAGCUAUAGGACCUGUAGUCAUUUUAACUCUGUCACUGAUGGCCAAGCUGAAUUACCAGUGAAACAACUGGACUUGAUUUGCGGUUAUGCCCCGAUUAUCAGGACACUCAUAUAGGCUGGAGCCCAGCAUCUCUCCAUGAUCCAGAAGGGGUGGAAAGGAAGAGAGUUGAACUGGAACCAUUCUUCUGUCUAAGAAACAUCUCACUCAUCCGUUCACCUAUUCAGUUAUUUACUCAUUCAUUCAAUGAAUAUUUAUCAAGAGCGCAACAUGCAUCAACCAGGUUCUGGGUUCUGAGGGCAGAGCAGUGACCAAAACAGACAAGGCUCCUGAUCUCGAGAGUUUACAUGGAGACAGACAGUUUACAUGGAGUCAACAAAGGCUGAUGGGGAGGGCAGAGGGACUGCAUGACAUCCACACUGGUACCCUUUGUUUAGUGUGACUCUGUGACAGCCAUUAGGGUAUAGAGGUGAGAUGCAGUCUGUCAGGAGUCUGCAAAGUUAAGAGAUCCUAAACUUCUCUGUAUUCAGUAAGAAUUGGGGUGAGGGGGAGCAGAGAAGAAAGGAGGAGGGCAAAGGCCUAGAGGCAAAAAGAAGCUUAAUGUCAUCUGAGGAGCCAGAAUAACACGCGUCUGGUUGGACUGUAAGGUCAGGUUGGUAGCGCAGAGCAGGGGUUGGGAAGAGAGGGAGUCUGGGGAGGGAGGUGGAAGCCAGAUUUUUAGAUGCCUUCUAGGCUAUGGGGCACCAUGGAAGGAUUUUCAGCAGGGGAAUAAUCAGAUUUGCAUUCAGAAAAAAAAAGACGCCUGUGUGAGGACGAGGCAGGGAGAAGGGCACUGAGAUAAGGCUACGGCAGCGACCGUGGGUGGCAGUGGUUGGGGGGAGAUAUUAGAAGGGUGUUUAAACGGUGGAAUCAGCAGAAGUUGGUGUGGCGUGGUACAAGUGGACAGAAGACAGGAAUGUCAGGAAUCAUGUCCGGUUUUUCAGCUCAGAGCACUGGGUGGAGGAUGAUGCCUUUAAUGUACCAGGAGGAGAGGAAGAAAAGAAGGUUCAGAACGAGAAGGUAAGGAGUUCUGUUUUGAGCAUAUUGAGUGGGAGAUGCUUGUGGGACAGUCGAGUUGGGGGACUUAAAACUCAGGAGACAGGGUAGCACUAGGGGUAGAAACAUGACACCAACAUCCUAUGGGCCAUGAUUGUUAAAGCAAGAAGUGGGUGGAGAGGCUAGAAGAGGAGAGGAGAGGGUGGGUCUUGAGGACCCUUGAGGGUCACAAAAAGCUUCAAGCAGCCCACUCACAACCUAGCAUUGACCGAGGGACUGCUUUGCUCCAGACGCUGUGCAGAAUGCUUGCCAUGUGUUAUUUCAUCUUCGUGGUCUUGCAAGGCAGGGCUCACCUGCUUUACAGAUGACGAAAUGGAGCCUCCAAAAGGUAUUCUGUACUCAUGUCCUGCUGACUCUGAAUUCCCUCCCUUCUGCUGCUGCCCUCUAACGCCCCAGCCCUGACCGUAUGCGACAAGAACGUCAUGAAAGUUAUCUGGCUUUUGGAAUCAUGUCCCAGGAAUAGCUCUAAUGAUGGGGCCUCCUGGCGUCUCAUUAACUUACAUUUACUCUGCCUUCUACGGUUUGCAUCUUACUUGAUGAUCACAGCAUCCCUCUGUUGUGGGCAUUGUUAUAAUCCCCAUUUUACAAGUAAGGAUGCCGACACUUACAGUCAUUUGCCAACAGUCACAUGGGCAGCAAAUGGCAGAGCCAAGUGGAGAACGUGUCUGUCUGUCUUGGGCAGGGGAGAUGCUGGAAUUACAAGACUUACUCCACCCUCCUGCUUGCCACUUUCUGGGAAAGCCUAUUGCUCAAGAGCUGUAGCUCCAUCUAGUGGUAUAUGUUAGUAUUAUGCUUCCAUCAUGCUCUCCAGCAAAAUAAAACCUGCCAAGAAGAAAGCAAAGUGUUAACAGCUUGGGCAAGGAGUAUUUAUUCAAACAAAGGAAGCUCUUUUACCACUAAAAUAGAUUAGGGACCAGAAGGAGGCAAUACAUCACCUCCCAGCUCCCAAGCUCAAAAAAUAUUUCUCAGGGAGAAAUAUUUUGCUGUGAGCCUUUUCAUCAGAAUCAUAAUUGAGCACCUACUAUAUGCCAAGCCCAUGCCAGGUGGUCCUCUGUUCCGCUGCUCUGACUGAGCCACCUGAGUGGUUAUCAUGAGAGUUUCUAAAACCCCAUGCACCCUGGAGAAGCUUUUUCUGUAAAGGAGCAGAUAGUACAUAUCUGUUGCAUAUUCUUAUGUACGUGGCCCUUUAAAAAUGUAAAAACCUUCUGAGGUUGGAGGUCACACUAAAGUAGACUACAGGACAGAUUUGGACCAUGGGCCGGAAUGGAACAGAGGGAUGGACAUGUAAAGUAAUCCAAUAAAAGUCACCCCCUGAACUUGUGUUGGAACUGGUGAGAAAAAGGGGCUUUCUGCUGGAAUUAUUGACAAUAAGGACAAAAUAAGCCACAGCUUGUGGAAGCCACUACACGGACACUGCCAAUAAAGAGAGGAAGAUAAAGCUGAGGAAUGCAGUGAGAGAGAUACCAAAUCUUAGUUACACCAUGGGAGCACCUGGAUCUAGCCAGACCUUUGAACUUUUGAGUCAUGGGGAUAAAGCCUGCUUCCGCCACAUUCAGUUUGGUCUCCUUCACCGGCAACAAAAGGAUUCCUAAUUAAAAAGGAGAAAAGGGGUCCGUGUAUGAGUGUGGCCAAAUUCUAGACAGCCCUGAAGAGGGACUCUUUCUCUCACAGGGCUGGUGGGACAGUAGUGGGAGAGACUAACAUCAGAUACGUCGUGCAGGUAAAGCUAAGGGAAAAUCCUGAGUUAAACCCCACGGCACCAAUCAAGACACAAAGGGCAGACUAGGAACACAGAUGUUUUAUCACUCAGCUUUGCAGCAGAUGUGAAAGUGCCAAUUUAGCUUUAAAAGAGCAUAAAUACACGUAAGGAAGGGGUUGUGGUCAGAGCCAACCCUCCCGUAUGUGACAGGAGAUGCUGGAUAAGUGAAGUCCCCAGCUCCGUGGUCUCCAAAGUGUGGGGUGAGGGGCUGGAAGGGGUGGCCGUGCACUAGAUGAUCCAUUAGGGAGAAGAAAAUAUCGGAACUUAGAGUUAUCUUAACUAAAGUCUAUUUUAAGCAUUACUAGUAAUUUAGAUGUGGCUUGACCCUGGAACCUUCACUCAGUCUGUACUGAGAAUGGCUCUAUGGGUCUGGUGUCAGUCAAGCCAGGAAACCCAAGAGGAGAGGAGAGUUCCACAGUAUGAAAGGGUUCAUCAAGGCAUCAUCGUUUCUCAUCCUCAGCCUUCCAGUAAACUACGAUACCGCUUCUUUUUUUCUAUUUUUAAUUGUCUUUUGAGAUACAGUUGACAUAUAAC